GGCUAUAAUUUACAAUGCAUGAUGGGAGCGGCGCCAUUUUAAAAAGUGAAAACACCUUGCCAACGCUGAAGCUGCAGAAAUUUUUUCAAUUUCAGUCUUUAAAAUGUGCCGUAUACAUGGUAUUUUCGUACUCAGAUGACCUAACUUCUAUGCCUGUUAGGUUAUGACAAUUGGGAAACCAUGAUUGAGACAGUGCAAGUACGGCAGCGGGGAGCGUAUGACUUUGGCACGUACUACGACAACCUGUGUGCCCUGCAGAAUACUGUUCCACUACCUGCCGUUAAAGCUCACCUCAGCGAUGGGGUACUUGACCUGAACUCUGACCGUCUCCGUGGGCCAGACUUUGUUCCACUGCUCAACACCCUGCAAAUCAACAAGAGCCUUUCAUUUGUGGCUUUCAGAAGUUACUAUCAACCCUUACCCUCAGAUACUCCUGUCGGUAGGAGACAUCUCUUUAAGAAGCGAGUUCCACCUGUGAGGACUAAAGACAUGACUUUAAGGAUCAGUAAGGCCUUGAGAGAGUGUCUUACUGUGACGCCCUCCCUCACCUGUGUAGAGGUCACUAACCUCCCUCUGAGAAACAGAGACUUAGAGCAUCUAGCAAAGGGCAUUUCAAAGAACACCACACUGACUCACCUAUCACUGGAGUACUGCAGAAUUGGUGAUGAUGGGUUAGAAGUUGUUUGCCAGGCUGUGAAGAAUUCUGCCACCAUCACAUCUGUCAACUUCACCGGCUGUGGACUGACAUCGCGUGGUGCAGACACUCUAGCUAAGAUCAUCAAGCAUCAAGCGAUGAAGAGACACAACGAAGCCUGGCAGGACAGUUUGAGGUACAGGCGGCCAGACUUAGACAGGAUGACAGGUAUCAGGCGCAUCACCAUGAACUCUAACCCCAUGAUGGAUGACCUGGGGGCCAUGGCACUGGCUGAGGCACUGAAAGAUGACCUUUGGGUCAAAGCUUUGGACCUGCAGCAAUGCGGCAUAUCGACAGAGGGCGCUAAAGCACUGUACGAUGUCCUGAGGACCAACACCACCAUCGUUGUACUGGACCUGAGGAGAAAUCCUCUCAUAGAUCGUAGUAUGAUGCAGUCCAUUAUGGAGCAGGUAAUGAUCAACACAGGUGGACAGGAUACAGAGUACAGGUGGAUCAAAGUAGAGAGUCCACGCGAUCCCAGCAAGGCGUCGUACCGCCCGCCUGCGCGGCGCAGGAGACGCACUGUUAGCAGCGGGAGGAAGACAUUUACCGUGGAGCCACAGGGGCGCAAAAGGUCCAGAUCUGUAGGUUCAGUGGAAGAAGUGAGCCAACCUUACGUACCAGACAACACCCAGCCUGGUACCCAGGGGUUUGUACCAUGGAGAACCGCUGCCAGGCUAGGACGGUACAGGGGUUUUCCACCAGAAAAAAGACCAGGGACACCAUCUGUUGUCACUCAAGAAGAGAGACGUAGCCCGGUUCCAGGCCUCUCCCCACAGGUUGUCAUAGAGAGUGAGUCAGAGAGCUCCAGCUCCAGCAGGCUGGAACCAGAGACUUUAGUUGGGAGACUGGAGAAAGAAGACGACAUCCUUGGAGACAAACCAGUUGAGCCAGAAGUACACCGCCGCUUGGAGGUGGAGCUAGAGGACUACAGAAGGAGACUGACUCAGGAGACCAGGGCCAGGAGUGAAGCAGACAGGAGACUGCUGGAGCUGCAGAUAGAAAACAGCAGACUGCGCCGAGAAGUUGACGAUCUGCGUGAGCGGGAGCGGCGCAGUCUGCUGGAGGAUGACCGUGUACUGGAGAGCAUCGAAGCCACCUUCCAGAGGUUCUACUCCUUCUUAGAUCUUCUCAAGGAGAGUGGACUCGGAGACCUGGCAUCAUUAGCUGGUAUCGACCAAUCACAGCUCAACCUGGAGAGCAUGAGGUUUCAGCCAAGAGCCACAGUGCACGUUCCAACUCUGACUUCACACGCGACCCACCCCCGAUCCUAUGCUGCUACGGGUGUGUACGAGUCCGAUAGACGUGCCGGAUAUCCACCACAAAGUGACUACUCGAGAGAUGUGGACAUGGCUGAGGACUUUGGUACUCCUUCUCCCGCCCCAAUCCACAUUGGCCAACCAGAGCCUUCCUCUCAUCAGGAAGAGGCAGAGGAGAGGCAUGCAGUUGAACCGACUGGUCCUUCACAAACAAUUGCUACAGAUCUGCCCAGUGAAGAAAUCAAAGGGCCAAUCAGCACACCCCACAUGGAAGACUUAGGCCAUGGAGACGCUCCGUCCCCCCCUCCCGACACCAGACCCACAGAGGUCAAAUCAAACCGUUCAAGGUCAGGAUCCGAAAAAUCUCGAUCAUCAUCAAAAUCGUCAGGAUCGCGGAGGAAAAGAUCUGCCACUCAGCCCGUUGCCAAAAAGCCAAGUCAGGAGGAAGAACCAAAAUCAGAAAAAUCAGAAAAGUCAGCUAGAUCACACGCAUCAUCAGUAAGGACCCAGUCGGUGAAAUCUGAAAAAUCAGGAACUUUCACAAAGUCAAAGUCACCAGCAAGUGCAGACAGCAGCAUUCAGGAGGUACUGUCAUUAUCAGAGGGAGAUCUGCAAUCAGAAUCACCAGAGCCGCUCCAAGUACUGUCAUCACCCCCUGCAAUUGACAUUGGCACCGGAAGUGAAUCAUCAUUCUAAGAUCCUUUUCCUGUCAGGAGGUAUUCAUCCAAUGAACUUUGAAAUUUUAAGGGAAAGAUUGUAAGAUAUAGAGAUUUGAUUUUGUGUGAUUUCAAAAAUAGAACGGGAGUAAAAUUGCUUUACUUUCUAAUACAAAACAAAAACUACUAUGGACACAAGUGGCUUACCAAGAGUAGAGAAAGUAAUGUACAAAGCUGUUUACAAUGUUAACCUUUAUUUCUUGUAUUUUUGAACACUUAGAGCCUUGAUCAAAGUGCACUAAAGUGACAUCAUUCAGAGCAUCAAUUAAAAAGCUUUGUAAACAUUCA